UCUGCCUCCAGUCUGUGCUUUUCUUGUUUUACUCUUUGAUAAUCCGAAUUUCUCUCAGUCCCUAAUCAAUUUGAGCAAUCAUGUAUCAGAAUUGGCAUCAGAUGGGCCAGGCACCCAACGAUAUGCAGCAGAUGAACCCUCAGCAAAUGGCCUACCAACAGCAAAUAUAUGGUUGGUAUUAUCAACAACAACAACAGCAACCAUGGGCCGCACAACAAGGGUACGGCGGGGUGUCAUCGGUUCUGAACACAGGGCAGCCGCCGUUACCACCACAGCCACCACAGCCUCCACAGCCCGAGGGUGAUCCCCCAGUCGCCCCUGCACCCCCACCCAAAGAUGAAAAGCCCCCGCUACCUCCUGACCCUCCACCUUCUGAUGAUGGACAGUCAGCUAAGGGGGAAUCUAGCUUGACACCAUCUGAUGAUAUUGAACAACAGAAGCUGUCACAGCUUCAGAUGCAAGCACAACAAUGGCAGCAACAGCAACAACAGCAUCAAUAUCAACCACAUCAACCACAGCAGUCUCAGCAGUAUCAGGGCUGGAGCAUGUACCAGCAGCCUCCCCCACCCCCCAGGGAUGCUCCUAACCCAUAUAGCAACACGCAGAAGCCACCACCUCCAUCACCAACAAAAACACCAGAAGUUGAAGCCAUACUGAAAGAGGAAGAGGAGUUCAGUCAGCAGUAUUCAGAUUGGAGAAAACAGUACGAUGAUUGGAAAGAACAAAACAAAGCUCACCCUAACAAGGAACUGUUUCAGCAGUAUGAGUCACAGUGGAAGCAGUAUGAAGUACAGAUGGAGCAGAGGAAAGCUGACAUCAAGACAAGGAAAGAAAAGGUCCUGCAAUCUGCAGCCAGUGCUGCUCCCUCAUCUGCCGGCCCAGACCCAUCCAGUACCCAGGGUAGGACAAGUGAAAUAGGUUUGGGGCCAGGCUCGCAAGAUAAUGCUGGAGGGAAUUACAGCCAAGGGUUUGGUUAUGGAGACAAUCAUCAGCAGGGAUAUGGCUACAACCAGCAGCGCGGUAGAGGAGGACAACAACAGGGCUUUAACCAGCUCAAUCAGCAAGCAUGUGGAAGUCCUGAUUUUGCACGUGGCCGUGGACAAGGUGGUGGAAUGCGAGGCCAGAGAAGAGGUGGGCCUCAGGGAGGCUUUGGCCAGGGGAGAAGCCAGGCGUUCCAGGGGCAGACUUUUGAAGGAGGUCAGAAUGAUAUGGAUCAGGGUGGAGGGGGUUUUAUGGGGAACCAACAGCGACAGGGCUGGGACAAGGAUGGUGGAAUGGGCCAAGGAAACAGAGGCCGCGGAAUGAGGGGCGGCUUCCAGCGAGGCCGAGGUGGGCCUGGGCCUAACAUGGGCAGAGGAGGACCACAAGGCUAUGGGGGAGAGGAGGGCAACCAGGAUGACCUGUCACAGCAGCUCGGAGGCCCUGGGCAGCGGGGGCGAGGGUUUGGUCAGAGGGGCCAGGGUUUUGGUAGGCCCUGGGGGCAAGUUAACCAGGGGCAGGGCCAGCAGCGGUUUCAAGGCCCUGGGAUGCGGGGUCAGGGAUCUGGGGACAUGGACAUUGAGCCGUCAGAGGACAACCAGGAGGACAUGGGGACAGUGUCCCAGCAGGGUGGCUAUGACUUCUCCAAUCAAGGACAGCAAGGCUCCAUGAGCAUGGGGGGUCCUAGACCCCGAAUCCCCAACCAGAGAGGAGAUCUUUCUGGUAGGGGCGUUGGUAGAGGAAUACGCUUCCCUGGGGCUCAAGGUAGAAGCAUGGGUCAGUCUGGUUGUUUCGACUCCAACCGGGGGAUGGGCAGCAGAUUUGGGGGUCCAGCUGGGCGAGGCAUGGUGCGGGGAGGAGGCCCCCGGCAGCAGGGUCCUGUGUCCUUGAUGGACCUGAAGGUCCCAAAGCCCACACAGAAGCUGGGUGAGGAGUUUGUGGAUCGGGACAAUGAGGACAGGGGUAAGCCUGAUGACCCCAUGAACAGGGACAUGGAUAGAGGCAGUGACCAUUCCAGUGACCAGAUUGGCCAAGGGGAAAGCACUGCAGCUAGACAAGGGGGGAGCACCCAGGCUGAGCAGCACGACAGAGAGGGAAGCAUCACAGGCUCUGAUAUAGGUCACGAGGGCCAUAUAGAGGACGAUGAAAAUAUGGACAUGAACCAACCAUUUGACAACCAGCAGUCCCAGCACCCACGUUUCCCCGUGCAAAGGGGCAUGCCACGUGGGCGUGGCCCUAGAGGGAACUUCCAACAACCUCGUGGCACAGGCAUGCCACGCUUCCCUGGACUCGAUGGGGGCAUGGGGAUGCAGGGAAUGCGGGGUGGAAGAGGACAGCGCUAUCAACGAGGAGGAGGGUUCAUGAGGGGUCAAGGACAACGGGGAGAUACCCCACAAGGGGAAGGAAACUAUCACCCUAACCAGUCAUUCCAGUCAGGGCCAGAGGGAAUGAGAGGCCGGGGACAGGUGCGAGGUAGAGGUAUGAUGAUGAGGGGUAGAGGCAGAGGAAUGGGAUUCCCAACUGGAGACCAAGCAGGUGCCACCUCAGAGACUGGUGAGAAUCAGGAAGGAGUAGUCUUCCAGGGUGAGGACGACGUACAGGAGGAGCAGGGUUUUCCUGGGCUUGAUCAUGGUGAAGAAUCAGAAGAAGGGGAUGGACCCCAGAUGAACCAGGGCAAUCAGUUUUUAGUAGGCGGUGUGUUCCGCGGAAAUUGGCGUGGUGGAAAUAGAGGAAGGGGUGGAGACCAUGGGCGUGGUGCUGACCGGGGACGAGGCAUGGAUGGUGGGCGUGGCAUGAAUCGUGGGAGUGACAUGGAUGGUGGGCGUGGCAUGAAUCGUGGGCGUGGCAUGGAUCGUGGGCGCGGCAUGGAUCGUGGAAGGGGAGCAGAUCGUGGAAGGGGAGGAGACAAGGGGAGGGGUGGAGAUCGAGGAAGAGGCAUAGAUAGUUCGCGCGGCCGUGGGCGUGGCAGAGGGGACCCAAUGGAAAGAGAAGAGCUACCUCUAGAUCCUGUUGAUCCGUGGAGGGGUGAGGUACUAGAUGAUGGCCCCUACAGACGGGAUAUGUAUGAUCCUCCCGGGGAUAGGUUACGACCCUACCUCGACCCUUACGGCCUUCCACCACGUGACCCGUACUAUGAACGAUAUCCCUAUGAUGACAGACGGGAUCCAUAUGGGGAAUACCCUCCCCCACUGUCUGAGUAUGAGCGACGCAGGAUGUACUAUGAUGACCCAUAUGCCCCAGAAAGAUCUUACGACCUAUACAGAGAACGUUACACAAGAGAUCCGCUGGACCGAGACCCGCUCAGGGAUCCACUUAGGGAUCCAUUACGGGAUCCUUUGCGAGAUCAUUAUGAGCGCGACCCCUUGCGUGACCCUGUGAGAGAUCGUGUAAGGGACCCUCUGUUAAGGGAAGAGCGGGUGCUAGACAGAGAGCGGUACCUGCCCCCUGUGGAUGUGGUGGAUUAUGGUCGCAGAACCACAACAGAUUACUAUAGAGAGAAGAUAUUUGACAGAGACUACCCCGUCUCAGGAAGCACCAUGCUGGCUGCCCCUGAGGUGAUCGACUACGGCCAUGGGAAGGCUGCCAGCAGCGUGGAACGGUCGCAGGAGCGUGAGAUCUCGUCAGAGCGUGAUGGUGGGGACAGGCCUCGGGGGUGGGAGAGAGACAUAGACAGACGGGAUCCAGACAGAGAGCGGUCAUGGGACAGAGAGAGGCACGGGAGAGACGGCCGCGAUAGUCGAGAUCGUGGUUAUGAUCGUGGAUAUGAUCGUCAUGGUGACCGUGAUCGUCAGGGUGGUGAGAGACGGGAUAGGGACAGGGAUAGAGACAGAGACAGAUAUGGGAGAUCCCGUGACACGUCAUCAGUGAGUAGAAUGGAUGACAGGGACUACCUACACAGGAAUUUCCCUUCACCGUACUCGGGAGACUCUCGUAGUCCUUUUCGACAGAGUGAAGAGCUAAAAAUCCAGACUGUCAACGUGAAUGAUCUCCUCUGCUCACCUGGUCGUGAUGGGCGACCCUCCCAAAUAGUCAUCAUACUGCGGGGCCCUCCGGGCUCAGGAAAGUCUUACCUUAGCAAGCUUAUUAAGGACAAGGAGAAAGGUAACAAAGGCUCAGAUGUCCGUAUUCUUUGUCUAGAUGAUUACUUUAUGGUGGAGGUUGACAAGACAGUGAGAGAACCCUUGACAGGGAAAAAUAUCAAAACAAAGGUUAUGGACUACGAGUAUGAACCAGAGAUGGAAAUCAUAUAUCGUCAGGAUUUAUUCAAGACUUUCAAGAAAAACAUUGACAAUGGGUUUUUUUCUUUUAUUAUUAUUGAUGCUGUCAAUGAAAAAGCAAAACACUUUGAAGAUUAUUGGAGCUAUGCUAAAUCAAAAGGUUUUCAGGUGUAUGUUGCUGAUAUAGAAGCUGAGGCAAGUGCGUGUGCGAAACGCAAUACACAUAAGCGCUCACAACAGGAAAUAGAAAAGAUCAUGGCGACCUGGGAGCCGACUCCAAGUCACAUGAUCAGGCUUGAUGUGAGAGCCCUGCUCCAAGACGCUGCCAUCACUGAGGUUGAAAUGGAGGACACAUCAGAUGAGCCGGGCAAUGUGGAUAUUCAAGGUAAACGUAAGAACAGCCCCACAGAUGAUGAUGACGAUGAUGAUGAUGAUGACGACGGUGGUGGGGUGCACAAGAAGAGUCGCUGGGAGACUGACACCUCUGCGGAACAGCUUGACAAGCUUGAUGGUAUCCGGCCUGGCAAAAGGAAACGGACACCAUCACCUCAGAACUUGGAGGAUUACCUUCAGCUGGAUCUCAGGCCGAUAGACCCCAGUAAAAAGAGGGUGCGCUGGGCAGAUAUUGAAGAGCGGAAAGAGCAGAUACAUCGCCGUGAGCUAGGAUUUGUUGUGGGCCAGACACAGAGAGACUGGGAGAGAAUUACGGAUGAUUCAUAUGCAGACAGACAACUUAAUCAGACGAAAUAUUUUUAAUUUGAUAAAGGUAAAGGAAGUCAAAAAGCGAUAUCUGCAUCAGAGAUUUUGCCCGAACCGGACUUUAUUCCUUAGAUCUGCUACAGCUUCCUGUCUUCGUAUCGCAUCACUGAAUUUGGG